AUGACCAACAACAGAAACCGCGCAGGACGCCGAGGAAACGAUUCCCGAGGUGCCAACUCGAACCUGCAUCGUCAGUCGACCUCUGCAUCUGCAGUGUCCCGAGAUGGCACCAAUGCCAAUCAGAACAGAAGAGGAGGAAAGGGACCCUCGAACUUGAGCAAAUCUACAGACAACGUCCGCAAUGGUCCCAACGCACCUGCGACCUCUCUUCCGCCACCAGAUGACCAUAUCCCUAUGGCGGGGUUCAAUGCUGGGGCUGUUGAGGCCAUGCUGAAGCAAGGUUACGAGCCCAAGACCUCUCUCUACAAGCCAGAUGCGAAGUCACAGGCCCCGAGUCCAUCGAGUCCAUGGGGCGCAAAGCCUGGAUCCAUGGCCAACGGGAAGGACUUCUGGCUUGAUCUCCGCAGACAGGUUGCCGCUUUGCAACAGACUGGGGGUGUCAGUCAAGGAGGUUGA